GCAAAACGUUGUGUUUGAAAUCACUGGUGUAUUUAUUGUAUUGUGCCAUCAUGAAAACAGUGUAAAGAAACAGUAUGAAAUCAUUCGAUAAAUAGAGAGCACGAACAUUUAUGUUCAAGGAUUAAUUGUUCAACGUGGAAAUAGGCAACGAAACUGAUGAGAAAAAAAGAAUAGAUAAAUACAAGCCACAGCACAAGUCCAAUGUUUCUUUGAACUUCGAUUCUUGGCUUGACAGGUUAUGACUAAAUUUCAUAAUGAUAUUUCUAUAUUAAUCCCGAAUACGUAUUCACAAUCAUAGUCUUUCAUAGAGCCGAUAGAAAUAUCUGGCAAUGAGCUAUCAAAUGUGCACAUAAAAAUUGCGCGUGCAUACGUCUAUUUACAUGCGAACGGAGAAAAGCUAGAGAUGCAAUAGUCUACCUUUGCAGAGUGUAGUGAAAAUAAUACUAUGUUUUCUUUUGAUGCGUUUUUCUCGCUUCGAUUUCUAUUUGAUUCAUGAUUGUCCUACAUCAAAAGAUGCAGUCGAAUCUGCACUUUCUUUCUAUGGGUUUGGUUGUAGGAAAAGGACAAACUAUAGGGAAGAAAAGUGAAAAAUACUAAUAGAGGAAAACCAAUUGAGGUUCACUGUAUAUAAGGUAGAAACUUUGCACCCAUUCCAAUCCCAUCGCUCUCCCUCUCAGAAACCGUGACAGGCACUACGGCAGCCAAUCUUAGUAGCAAUCCAUUACAGACUGUAAUACCUGCUAGUCACAGACCAUUACAAAACAUGACAUAACUUGUUGAUACGCGAUCAGAGACCGUUUAUCAAUGACGGCUUGUAAUAAUAUACUCAUUAUUUCUUUUUUGCAUUUCUGGAGGAUUGAGUAAAAGCAGAAUGAAGAAAUGUCUCCACAAUAUAUUUUAAAAAAAUAAUCUCUCUAUGAUUACCAACAGCUACAUCGUGUUUCACAUUUUAAGCUUACAGUAUUUGCGCUAACACCUUUAUUUAUUACUUUUUUCGUUUUAGGUCUCAAUCCACCAACAGCAGAUAAUCGGUUAUCAUAUGUGGACUAUGAUGAUCAACGUGAUUUAGCAUCUAAAUUAUUCCAAUGGCAAUGUCCACGAUGUACAUUUCUUAACAAUGAUUCAUUUCGCAUAUGUGAAAUGUGUUCAUAUGAAAAAGGUUCUUAG